CCUUCAACCACGUCUGUAAUGGCUGUCAAGGUGUCUGGGUGUUUUGAAUUGUUUAUGUUCUCUCUCGUGAGUGUCAAGUGUAUGUGGCGAACGUGGCAUUAAGUCCUUAGUGAUUAUUAGAUUUUCGAUGUCCGUGUGUUGUGAAGUGAGCGGUGCUAAAAUGGCAGCACCUGCUUCACAAAGCUCCCAGGAUAAAAAAGAUUUGGAUUAUUUGGAAAAACUCAUCAAAUUCUUUGCGUUGAAAUCGGCUCAGAUCAUCGUUCAGGGAAGAUUGGGAGGGAAAGUCCAUACGGAAUGCAACCCUGACUCUACGCAGACAGACUGGUUCAACCUGGCUAUAAAGGACCUGCCUGAGGUGUUGGCGGAGGCUAAGAAGGCUAUGAACACAGCUGGCUCUCGGCUGCCGCUGUGUGUGGAGAUCUCUCUACGGACUAGCGACCAGGAGACGAUGACAUUGGAGACAUGGUGUAUUGGUAUCCGGACAGACCUGAUCGACCCGACCAUGCGGGUGACAUACCCGUUGUACACCCGGAUGGGUAUCCUGCUUAAGUCCCUGGUCACCCUCACCCGAGCGUACAAGUUGUCCCGGAACAAGUCAGACUACGUCAUGUGCUACAGGAUCUACGUCGGGGAGCCACAGUUGUAUGGCCUUGGGAAGGGAUACACUCAGAUGAACGUAGGACAAGUAGCCACCAGUCUAGGGACAUUACACAUGUCUGUAGCAUACAGGACUAAGCUGACCAUCUCUCCAGACCACACCAACAACUCUACCAUCAUGGUGAAGAGUGAUCACUUCAGACCUGAGCCUAGUCCUACUGAUAACACAAAGAACUGCCUGGACAUGAAAACGUCAAUCAGUGAAAAACAGGUGAGGAUAGGAGCAUUUGCCAACAUCAAGCCGGUUAUCCCAGAACCAGAACCUAUCGACAUCCCGUUCCGCAACCUGCUGACAACACCCCAACAGUCUCCCCCUACCCCUUCUACCAGUCCGACACUUGCGGCGAUGAAAAACACAGACAACGCAUGUGCGAAAAUGGCAGACAUCAGUCUGAAGAAUGCAGACAACGUAAGUCUGAAGAAUGCAGACAACAUCAGUCUGAAGAACGCUGACAACAACAGUCUGAAGAAUGCUGAUAGUGAGAACGGGAACAUCACGCCGAGGUGUGGCUCCAUCGGAUCCCACAACGAAGAACCUUUCAUCAUGGUUGACCUGAAAACACCAUUUGCCGGGUCCAACGCCAAUACAGAUCUGGGAUUGUUCUACCGGGAGUGUCAGAGCGCUCCUCCAUUACAAACCUUCGAAGAGGAGACAGUAUCUGAACAGCUGGGAGACCUGUCCACGCAACUGGAGGCCUUCGAGACUAGUUUACAAGAGUACGACAACAUCAUCAGCUCCUUCUGUCAAGGGGAGAACAACAACUAACCAAUGUGAUAGAAUCAUCUCUAGUUGCUGAUCUGCAGGCUACAAACCUAUCUUGGGUGAUUGUAGACAUGGUUUUUGUUUGGAAAUUGUGCUCUAAAAUGUUGUGUAUAACUUAAAAGAUUGAUUUUUGUCUAAAGUUUUAUCUCGUUGGAUUUGCGUCUGCCUUUUUUUAUAUUUAUAAAGGAUUACGGAAGAUUAAGUGAGUUUUUCUUUAAUGUUACUGU